AUGGUGCGUCGGGAGCGGGUCGCCGCAAACUCCAGACGACUAGAUCGGAUUGCGAUGACGCGAUUAGACGGAAUUGCGACGAGAAUCAGUUUCUUUUCUGGAAAUGGGGAAAGAGCGCAAAGGCUAAGAAGGACUGCGAGGAUCGCCGUGCGGCAACACUUGCAGAUUGCAAGAAAUGGGGCUACUGAUCCACCAGCUGCGGCUAAGAGCAGCGCCUCGCAACACCUGGCAAGUCCGCUGUCUAGACUGGGAGCGUGUAACACUGGUGGCGGGGGGAAGAUGAGGAGCCUUCUGCUUGUUGCGUUGGAUGUUACUAGCUUUGUGAUCAUGUGGGUGUGGGAUUGUGGGUAUUUUUUAUUCUUGUAG